UCGAACUUCUGAAACUUUUACGUUUCAUUACAAUAUAUUUGAGUGUUUUCUUUCUUAUUGGUAUCUUUCCAUAAAAAUAUGCCUGCUGGGAGACAUCGUGCGUCGGCUAACGCGCCUGACAAGGCUACGGUGAGCGUGAACGAAAGAAUUUUGAAGGAAUGCCAUGAUUUGUACAUGGACAACAAGAAUGGUUUGGCGUCAAUUGCAACAGGACUGGAUCUAUCAUUGCUUGCUCCUCGAAAGAAGAUAACUGUCUUACUGAUUGGCAAUCAUUCUGCUGGCAAAAGUUCAUUUGUGAAUUGGUACGUAGAGGAACAUGUGCAGAAGACAGGAGUAGCCAUCGAGACACAAGGAUUCACAUUUGUCACAAGUGGCAGAAAACGAGAGUCACUCACAGGGCAGGCUACCUUGCAUUUGUAUCCACAUUUCAAAGAGCUUGUUGGCUUUUCCGGUGUCGUUGAGUAUCUUUCUACCGAAAUUUCAACAUCAAAACAAAAGAAGUUUAGCUUAGUCACCUUUGUGGAUACACCUGGUUUGGUCGAUGGUGACAUGAAGUAUCCAUUUGAUGUUGAUGAAACUAUACUGUGGCUAGGGAACAGAGCGGACCUCAUAUUUGUCUUCUUUGAUCCAAUUGGCCAAGCUCUGUGUAAAAGAACUUUGAAUAUUGUCGAAAAAUUGAACGAAAAACAACCUGACCGAAUCAGGUUUUACCUCAGCAAGGCGGACACGGCCGGUCACGAAAGCGAUCGACAGAGAGUAUUGAUGCAGAUCACACAAGAGCUGUGUAAAAGACCUGGAUUAAACAAGGCUGGAUUUGAUAUGCCGACCAUAUACGUUCCGAAUUUGAUCGAUAAGCCUGCCAGAUGUGUGAAUCAAAUUGAAGAAGUGUGCAAGGAGAUUGAAAAAACCAUAAACCAAACGAUUCAAAAUACCUUGAACACUUUGGAAAAGGAUUGUCAGAACAUCUCGACACUCAUCGAUAAGAAACUAAAAGAAGACAGUGAGAAUCGUUCUUCUAAUCUCUGGGCACGGUUUAAAAGCUAUCUGUUUAUUUUGUUUGGAUUGGUCAUGCCGUUUGCACUGAUCUUGAGUGUUUUAGCGAAGCAAGGCGAUGUAUUACAAAAACUAAUUGGUAAAAAUUUGGUCGAAACGCUUCAUAUUUAUACGACUCCUGUAGAAAAACUGUGGUCUUCAAUACCUCCCAACUAUUAUAAUCAUUUCCUCAUUACUAUUGUAUUAUUCUCAAUACUCUUUCUAACCUUGGCGAAAUUCGUGGGAAGGUUGAAGCCUACAUUAAGCCGUAAACAACAGCGACUACUGGCCGAAAGGAAAAGUUUUGUUCAAACUGUUGUUCAUCCUAAAAGGGAGAAACUGUAUAAAGAAUACUUACAGCAAAGUGUAGCGGAACACGACUUAUAGAUUUAGGUAGAAAAAUUGAGAUUCUAAAAUAUGGAACAGUAGAGAUUCUGUAAAACGUGAAUAUUUUUAAUAUUUAACCCUACACUUAGACUAAACUUUAUAGUCAUUAGAGUGUUCACAUUCUACGAAGUCUUUGCUGUCCUAGAUUUUAUUAUGCAAGCUUCUGAGCGGUUUCCAUAAUUGUGAUCCUAACUAGUACAUUCACACUGUAAGUCUGAAAUAAUUUAUAAUAAUAAUAAUGAU